AUGGGAAACCAGGGCUUCUGCAGCCCUGAACCUCACACUGGCGAUGCACCGGCGAAGCCCGUACAUCCAUGCCACUUCCCCAUGUAUGUGGUGAAGGUCGCGGAUUUCCUGCAGAUGGACGGUCCUCCCGAGGCCCACCACGCACUGCUGAGAAAGGGCCUUCUCCAUCAGUGGCAGCCUGGCCUCUUCGUCAUCUUCGUGUCGCACCAAUGGCUUGGGAGAUCGCAUCCAGACCCGGAUGGGCAGCACGCCAGCAUCCUGCGCCGAUCGCUCGAGGGCAUGAUCCAGGGAACUCUCCAGGCGGAGUUCGAGAUCGAGGACGAGGCACCCCGGCGGCGUCGCCUGCUCGAGGCUUCUUCGAUUGGCCAAGGCUACCUUUUCUUGGAUUGGUUUGCCAUCCCACAGAUCACUGCCCGGGCAGAGGGCGUCAACGAGGAGGCCACGAAGACAGAUGCCGCGCGAGCUGUUCAAAGCAUCCCGUUCUACGUUGAGGUUUCCGACGUUCUUCUGGCCCUCGUCCCGGAGUUGGUGCACACCGAAACCGGGCAGUAUUGCAACUAUACCUCCUGGUUUUCCAGGGGCUGGUGUCGGGCAGAGCUCUGGUGUCACGUCUUGAGCAACAAGCGCGACAAGAGCGCGGUGGUCGUGCAUUCAACUCUGGAAGCAAAGUUCAUGCAGUCCUGGGACUGGCAGAAUAAUAUUGUUGUGGAUGGGGAGUUCACUGUAGAAAGCGAUCGUGCUGUUGUCGGAAGCCUCGGAAGACGAGCGAUUGAGAGCAAGAUUGCUCACCUCUCCGAGGAAGGGCCUUUGGAGGUGUAUCGGUAUUUCCUGGCUCGGCAGGCCGCCAUGUUGGGCCAGCCAUCGAAGACCUGGGAUAUGAACGGUUUCCUGGAGAGGUUUAAGUUUCCAAGCAUGGAGGUGGCUGUGAAAGACACCAGCAGCAUGAACGCCGUGAUGUGCGCAGUCAUGUCUGGUGAUGUGAUGAUGCUACGGCUCUUGGCGACAUACGCAGCAGACUUGAACUUUACCAUUCAUGGCCUAAACAGCCUUGGCUUCCGCGACAGCUUCACGGUCCUCAUGGCAGCAGUGAAGUCCAAUCAGCCAGCUUCACUGGUGGCCAGCUUGAUCCACCUACGAGCGGAUGUCUCCCGCAGAGCAGACAUCGGGGAUAAUGCGGCCUGCCACGUGAAGCGCCCGGAGCAUGUGCAAGUCUUGCUGCAAGCGUGCGCAGACUUCCACACCGCGCACGAGCCCUUCUGCUUCACGCCGCUAGCACAAGCCUCCGGGAUGACCAGCGCCCCCACUUUGAAAGCAAUGUUAAUGGCCAGAUGCGAUCCGAACCCCAGCCAAAGCGGCCUGGGUAUAACGCCCCUCAUUGGCUUGGUCCGAUUUGCACGGGGGAGCCCUCAUGCGCUGGAGUCGGCAUCCCUGUUGUUGGAAUACCGGGCAGACAUCAAUGCCUCUCAGAUGAAAUUUCAGCCAAAAGGAUGGUCCUUUUACUCUUGCUUAGUGAAAGCGAAGUAUAGUUAG